GAUAUGUUUGUAAGCGAGUUAUCAAUAGAAAACGUUACACUAUGUGAUAUUUACCGUAUGUCAAAUUUAAACAAACAAUGAUAUGCAAAUUGGAUUUUAGGCCAUUAGUGACAUAUCCCAACCACAGCAAUGUUCAGAAGUACAGAAUCUCACAAGAGAAAACAUUUCUCAAUAUCUGCAGAGGAGGAGUUGUGCAACCUACGUAGCCUCCCAAAAGAAGCCUUCUUCUACACCCAGCAGCGGCAGUAUGGACUGGGGAAGCGUCUGCCACAAAGCAUCUUUUCGGACUACUUGGCUGAACAAAUACCUUGCUUACUUCAAGAGAGAGAAUUCAAACUAGGUUCAAUUAACAAGAUAUUUGCUGCCAAGUGGUUGAGUGACAAACAGGUUGUUUUUGGCACAAAGUGCAAUCAGUUAAUAGUGCUUGACACAACGUCAGGUCGCAUGACAAACAUUCCCAAGCUGAAAAGCAGCGAGGAGAGUAUUCCAGCCAAAUGCCCAUGUGGUAUUCAUAGUAUUGCCAUCAACCCAUCCAACACACUGCUGGCAACAGGUGCUAACCACACCAAUGACAUCGCCGUCUACAAGCUGCCAACAUUUGACCCGGUCUGCGUAGGGGAGCUGGGACACAAAGACUGGGUGUUUGAUCUGGUGUGGAUUGAUGAUGAAUUUGUGUUGUCAGGUUCUCGGGACAACAAUCUCGCCCUGUGGAAGAUCGACAACUGUGAUGAUGACCGGUCUUCUCAUGUCAACACCCUGUACAUACCGGAGUACACCGUCAAGCACCCUGUCACAGUGCAGUACUGUCAGAAGGCGGAGAAAGUCCGAGCUCUUGCAUUUCACCAGGAACGAAAGGAACUGGCUGCCUUGUCCCUUAAUGGCUACUUUCACCUGUGGGAUGUCGAGACUUUCACACAGAUGCCGAGCAAGAACCUGAUGGACAUCACAGAGAGUGUGUGUUUGAGUGUGAACCAGAAGAAGGUGCUUUAUGCCGUGGGCUGCCACUCCUCCGUGCUGCUUGUGGACCCUCGCAGUGACUGCCACAUCACACCCAUCUCCAAACACCCAGGCAGAGGUAUUCGAUCUGUGAGUUUCAACGAGGACAUUCUGACCAUAGGCACAGGGUAUGGCAUGGUUCUCUUUUAUGACCUGCGGGCAUGCAAGUACAUUCAGCACAACUGUGGCCAUGCAUGUUACCUGAGUGUGGGCUCCGGCUGGCUGAAACCAGAGGAGGAUGACCGCUAUUUCUUGUCCAACCCAGGGUUCCCUAAUGCAGUGUAUACUCAUGCCUAUGACUCGAGUGGCACACGUUUGUUUGCCGCGGGGGGACCUCUGUCGUCAGUGUCAUGGGGUAACUACGCUGGGCUGUGGUACUGAACACUGAUCCUGAGCAUCUCUGUGUGAUUAGAGAACUGUGCCGGUAUGUUCUACCAAGAAGGAUCAGACACUACUUGGAGCAUCUCUGUGUCAGGAGGUAAUUCUGUCAGGUUUUGGUACCAAGAACCGCGGACACUACUUGGUGCCAGAGCAUCUCUGUGUCCUGGAGUGAUUUUAUCGGGUUGUUGUACCAAGGACUACAGACACUACUUGGUACUAGGGCCUCUCUGUGUCCUGGAGUGAUUUUAUCGGGUUGUUGUACCAAGGACUACACACACUACUUGGUGCCAGGGCCUCUCUGUGUCCUGGAGUGAUUUUAUGGGGUUGUUGUACCAAGGACUACACACACUACUUGGUGCCAGGGCCUCUCUGUGAUUGGCAGGUUCAACACGGAGGGCAAACAUCUGGACAUCUGGAUGUCUAGACAUGACCCUACAUGUGUAGACUAACCCAGCCAGGGGAAGCACACACAAGCUACACACAAGCUACACACAAGCUCCACACAAGCUACACACAAGCUCCACAUACAAAAGCUUGACACUCAUGACUAGGUUGUGAAACAGGAAUUUUGUCCUGCUUUGCCUACUAAAGAUAGAGUUUUGAUUAUUACUGUGAAAACUGAUGUUCAUGAAAACACUUGGUAUAUCAGCUUCAAAUUGUUUCAGUGUUUUAAACUCAUCUUAAUUUUCUCACAGUUCACUGAAAUAAAAUUCUCCUCAUGGAAGGGGUUAGGUGUGUAGCAAUGAAAUGAUAUCCAUGUCAGGAAUUUGGCUUUAGCAGUUUAACACAGUGACAGCCUUAUUAAGUCAAAUCCUUGCUUGAUAAUGCUAUAUUGUUAAAGCAGAUUCUUGAUGCAUAUAGCACCAUGAUUCUCUCACAUUGACUCACCACCAAACUCAUCCAUGCAUGAAAGCUGUAGCUGAAUAUCGAGUGGUGUGCAAGAUCAUUCAGCUUGUGAAAUCCAGAUACGGAGUAUGUACGGCUGGUCCUGAACAACUCAGAACUUCAGGGGACGUCCUUGCGCCUGCCUCGGGGAAUUUAGAAGUUGACUAAGUAUUCUGUAUUAGGUUGCAUCCAUGUCAAGUUACUCAAGCUGUAGGCCUCGUCAUGUUGUAGAUAUGAGUACGAGUGGUGUGUGAUUGAGAUUGUUCAUGCCCACACUCAUGUACUGGACUGAAGGGUGUGGCAGUGUGAUUGAUGUAUGGUAGUUCCAGCAAUACAGAUUGAUGUGUCGAGUAAGGAACAAGGUUUCAUUGUGCACAUGUGUAUUCUCUCUGCUGUCAAGUUUGUUUUGAUCUAUGAAAGUAACAAGAAGAUGAUUCAUCAAAGUAGAUAUUGUAGACAGACUUUCAAAUAAUUAUAUACGAUGGUCCUAAACAUUUUGUUAUGUCUUUCUGUUUUUGAAACCUUUCUAUGAGUUCGAGAAGGGUUAAAAGAUGUUUUUUACCAUGAAGUCCUGUAUAAUGUUAGGCUGUUAUGUUAAUGAGAAUGGUACUUAUGUCCUUAUGUCUCUCUGUACAUGGGAUAUGAAUAUUUCUCUUCGUACAUCACUGGGUAUCAAUAUUAUUCUGUCUCCAUAGAGUAUCAAUAUUUCUCUGUCUAUAUAGAGUAUAAAUAUUUCUCUGUCUACAUAGAUUAUAAAUAUUUCUCUGUCUACAUAGAUUAUGAAUAUUUCUCUGUCUGCAUAGCGUAUAAAUAUUUCUCUGUCUACAUAGAGUAUAAAUAUUUCUCUUUCUACAUAGAGUAUGGAUAUACUGAGUCAAAUUAAAAACUUCACAUUUUUAAAAGUAAUCCCAUAUAUGAUAUACAAUGACAAAUGUAUCAGAGAAGGUACUUUUUAAUCAUUAAUGUCCAAAGAAGGAUUUUAAUUAACG